UCGAGCGCCGGCGUGCCGCGGGUCGCACGCCCCAGUAAAUCAAGUCAGACUUGCUCAGGCCACUGACAGUACUCGACGGGCUUCAGGCACGUUCGUACUGCUGUUUAUCACACUUGUACCGUGAAUCAAAGAAUCGCGCCCCAACGUCAGCUGCGCAUUUCAUCGUGUCGACAAGACGGGGAAAGAUCAAGGGAAAGUUUCGGCAGUAAGACAGGCAGGCAAGCGAAGGAAGUGGUAGUUUUGAAAAGCCGUCGAAGUGUCAUGAGAGGCGGUUUCACGAUCCGCCCUUCUUCAUCGUCCCUUCUGGAGUCAUGUAUGUCGCGCCCUUUAAACGAGCUGCAGCAGGGCAUGAUCCGCAGACGGGCAAUACAACACAGCAACAGUUGCAGCAACAAGGAAACGGAAGAUCAUGGCCGGAAGGAGGAGCAGAAAUGGGGGGGUCAAGAAUCGGCAUCGGGUGGGAAGGGAGGCCGCAACUCCAACAACAACAACAACAACAACAACAGCAACAAGGCGCGGGGAGUGGUAUGGGGGAUGACGAAGACGGGGGUGGAGGGGGCGGAGGGGUGGAGGGGGCGGACGCAGCGGAGAACAACGCUGUUCACCUCAAGAGACGGGUGGGACUCGUCAGUGGGGUGGCUCUAAUCGUCGGCACUAUGAUUGGUUCGGGGAUUUUCGUUUCGCCGUCGGGUCUCCUUGUGAGGACCGGUAGCAUCGGUGUGAGCUUCCUGGUAUGGACAGCAUGCGGUAUUCUAAGCCUCUGUGGGGCUUUAGCUUACGCCGAGCUGGGGACAAUGAAUACCAGCUCGGGGGCGGAGUACGCGUACUUCAUGGACGCCUUCGGGGCGCCCCCGGCUUUCCUCUUCUCAUGGGUAUCGACCCUUGUUCUAAAACCCUCUCAAAUGGCAAUUAUUUGUUUAUCAUUCGCCCAGUAUGCGGUGGAGGCCUUUGUCGCAGAGUGUAAUCCCCCGGAGGAAGUCGUCAAGCUCGUCGCUCUCUUGGCCAUCGUUGUCAUUCUCCUCGUCAAUUGCUACAGCGUUAAUCUCGCCACCGGCGUUCAGAACGCCUUUACAGCUGCUAAGCUGAUCGCCAUUCUGGUAGUCAUCGCUGGUGGAUCGUACAAGCUGAUACAGGGCAAUACUCAGCACCUUAGAGGGGCUUUCGAUACUGCCGAAUCAACGGUCAACUUUGGAAGGCUUGCGACUGCAUUCUACACUGGGCUUUGGGCGUAUGAUGGUUGGAACAAUCUUAAUUAUGUCACGGAGGAGAUUAAGGACCCUUCGAGGAAUUUGCCAAGAUCGAUCAUGAUCGGCAUUCCUUUGGUUACACUCUGUUACGCCCUCAUCAACAUUUCUUACUUGGCAGUCAUGUCACCGUCUGAAAUGAUUGAGAGCGAAGCCGUUGCAGUGACCUUUGGUAAUCGAAUUUUGGGCGUGAUGGCGUGGCUAAUGCCGUUAUCGGUCGCCGUAAGUACUUUCGGGUCAGCCAAUGGGACUUUAUUUGCUGCAGGACGACUUUGCUUUGCAGCAUCUAGAGAAGGUCACCUACUUGAUUGCCUGAGCUAUGUUCAUGUCCGACGUUUUACUCCUGCUCCAGGUCUUAUUUUUCACUCUCUUGUUGCAGGUGCGAUGGUUUUGUCUGGCAGCAUAGACUCCCUGAUUGACUUUUUCUCCUUCACUGCUUGGAUAUUUUACGGCGGAUCAAUGGUAGCAUUACUGGUCAUGAGGAAAACCAGGCCUGAUCAUCCACGUCCAUACAAAUGCCCUUUGCCGAUACCAAUACUGGUACUCGGUAUCUCUGCGUACCUGAUAGUGGCCCCGAUCAUUGAUAAACCGCAAAUUGAAUAUUUGUAUGCCGCUACUUUUAUAGCUGCUGGGAUGCUAUUUUACCUACCAUUCGUCAAAUAUGGUUACGUUCCAAAAUUUAUGGAAGGUGUAAAUGCUUUUCUACAAAUGUUGCUCGAGGUAGCGCCAACUGCAGCUGCCUUCGAUUGAUACGCAGUCAAAUGAACCAGUUUUCUAGUUACCGAAUCAUUCCAUUAUGGAACUGGAAGCUGGUUUCAUGAAAUACAUAUAUGUGUAUGUAUGUGUAUAUAUAUAUGUAUACACACACACACACAGAUUCCACUACAUAAAAAUGUAGUGGAAUCUUGGGAGGAAUCUUCUUCAAUGGUUUCACUGAAAGGAUCCGUGGAUAUACAUAUAACCAGAUUAAAAUAUUAUUUUAUUACUCGUUGUACUUGAAAUAGUAUAUACAUGAUACUAUGAUACUUCCUAGAAAUAGCAAUGAACGAUGUAAUGAAACAAUAAAAAAAAAGUCAACAAUAA